GACAAAAUUCAGUAAUUACAGCGUUCAAAAUGAAGUUUGUUGCACUUUUUGCCCUAUCCAUAUUAACCAUUUUGUCAUCACCAGUUUCUAGUAAAAUUGGUGGACGAAUCAUUGGUGGUAACGAUGCCCGAGCAGGAGAAUUUCCCUUUGCUGCAGGAAUUUACAUCCACACCAGUUCAGGCCAAUAUUUUUGUGCAGGAGCUCUCCUUAGCCACGAGUGGAUUUUGACUGGGGCUCAAUGCGUCGAUGGGGCUCUUCGAUUUACCAUCGUUCUUGGGUCUAACAACUUGCAAGAUGCUAACGACUCCAAUAGGAUUACCGUAGCCGCUGAAGAAUAUUAUUUGUAUCCAAAGUAUGAUGCCUUCACUCUUCAGCAUGAUAUUGCGCUUAUUAAGCUGCGAUUGCCUCUGGAAUAUAGCGAUUACGUUCAACCAAUUCUUUUACCCACUUCGGCGCUGGUCGAUUAUUCUGUUGUUGUGGCUCUUGGAUGGGGACAAAUCAGUGAUGAGGAUGCUGGAAACGUUUCUGAUCUCCACAGAGUUAGCAUAACCGUUUUGAGUAACCAGGAAUGUCGAAAUACUUACGGAAAGCAAAUCAUCGAAGAAAUGGUUUGUGCUGAAGGAAACUUCAAUCAAGGGACUUGCCAUGGUGAUAGCGGUGGUCCUUUGAUUCAAUACCUUGAUGGGACUGCUGCCACCCAUGUGGGUGUUUCAAGCUUUUUCAGUGGAAAUGGGUGCGAAUCCACCGAUCCGUCUGGAUUUACCAGGACUUUCCCCUACGUGGGAUGGAUAAGAAAUGUAACACAAAUUUAAAAAUUUUAUUUUUGGAAAAUACAAUUUUAAUGCGAAAUAAAUUUGAAUAAAUUUA